GUUUCUCAGCCAAGCCUCAGUCACCAAAGUAGUAAAUGUCAAAUGAAUAUUUCAUAUCUGUCUGAUGAUAACUCCUCCCCGACCCGCUGAAAGCCUUUAAAACAAGUGGCGACGGGAUGACCCAGCAGCUGCACUCCUCAACCGCUGCACUUUCUCUUGGACUUGAUCUGCAAACAUGAAGACUUUUCAGGAAAAGAUCGUUGUUCUCUCAGUUUUUCUGACCCUGACCUGUGUUAUUCAGGUCGAUUCACUGCCAGUUCCUGAGGACUGGAGCGGUCUGGUGCAGCGGACCAAACGGUCCCUCCUGUGGCGUUGGAACAGCCUGAAGCCCGUGGGGGCCAGCUGCAGGAGUACCUGUGAGUGCGCCACAAACUACUGCAGGAAUAAUGUCUGCUCCUUCUGGAACUCUUUUUGAAGAGGAUGCUACAGUAUUCUACAUUAUGGACCAAAGCAACAAGGCUCAAAAUGAACCCUGUUGAUUGAUUGGACUCUGUGCAUUAGGUUAAAGCCAUAAGUUCUACCAUUGCAAUGCAGCAAAACAAAGCUAUGAAUCCUCCUUUUAUAAUGAACAAACAAAUGGCUCCCUCUAGGGCAAUAUUGAUUUUUGUAAUUUGGAUUUGAAACACUUGCAGGACACCAAACACAAUGUAUCUAAUGUUUUAAUACAAACAUAUAAAUAUUCAUGCAAAGUUUGUGAGUUUAUUUGUUAUUUCCAUAUUAUUAUUUGUUGAUAUUGUAAAAAAUGUAGAUAUUCAAAUAUACAGAACUUUUUCCGAAGAGGUUGCUUUUCCCAAUUUAUUUUUGUUUAAUGAGCACAGACAUUUUUUUUAUUUUCCUUUUGCAUCCCUUUACUUUGUUAAUGGGAUG